ACACUGAGAAGGCUGGCUCAGAAUCGAGAGGCAGCAAGAAAGAGCAGGCUAAGAAAAAAGGCGUAUGUUCAGCAGUUAGAGUUGAGUAGGAUUAAGCUGACGCAGCUGGAACAAGAGCUACAGAGAGCAAGAACUCAGGGCAUGUUUUUGGGUGGAGGAGCUGCGAUUUUAGGAGGUGACCAAGGACUUCCCGCCGGCCUCCAUAGCCUCAGCUCUGAUGCAGCGGUGUUCGACAUCGAGUACGGGCGGUGGCAGGAGGAGCACCACCGGCUGAUGUGCGAGCUCCGGGCGGCAGUGCAAGAGCACCUACCGGAGAACGAGCUCCGGCUGUUCGUCGACAACUGCCUGGCCCACUACGACGAGGUUAUGAAUCUGAAGACGAUGGUGGCGAAGUCCGACGUCUUCCACCUCGUCUCCGGCACGUGGAAGACGCCGGCGGAGCGCUGCUUCAUGUGGAUGGGUGAUUUCCGGCCGUCUGAGCUCAUCAAGAUAGUAAUGGGUCAAAUAGAGCCAUUAACAGAGCACCAAAUACUAAACAUUUGUGGGUUGCAACAAUCAACACAAGAGAGUGAGGAGGCAUUGUCCCAAGGGCUUGAUGCCCUAAACCAGUCAUUAUCAGACACCAUAACCUCUGAUUCAUUGAGUAGCCCUCCAAAUAUGGCUAACUAUAUGGGACAGAUGACCCUUGCCAUCAACAAGCUCUCUACACUUGAAGGCUUUGUAAGACAGGCAGAUAAUUUGAGGCAUCAAACUGUUCAUCGAUUGCAUCAAAUGCUGACAACUCGUCAAGCUGCAAGAUGUUUGCUAGCAAUUGCAGAGUAUUUUCAUCGGCUUCGAGCUCUGAGCUCUUUAUGGUUGGCUAGACCAAGGCAGGAUUAUUGACUUUCAAAUUACCAAAAUUUACACCAAAAUUACACCCUUUAUAAAACUUACCCAAAAAAUAUCUUUCCUUUUAA